AUACGUAACACCAUAUAUAUAAGAGAAGCCCUAGGAUCAUUGUGAUUUACGUACAAUCUUUGAAUUUAUAGUAUAGUACAAUCAUUCGGGUGAAUGUUUUACAUAGUUCUGUCAAUUUAUUGUGCUAAAAAUCAUUUACUAACGGACAUUAAAAUGAUGAGUAUGCUCUAGAUUGUGUUGUAGUAAAAUUAAUCGGUUUAGUAAACUAGUAGAACCACGAAUUACCAAAAUGCCUUGUUGGUAUUAUGACAAGAGGGAGUUACGGAAUACUCCUUCUGCACUAGAUAAUAUUGAUUAUGAAACUGAAAUGCGGUACCGAAAGGAAGGAGCACGUUUUAUCAUGGACACUGCCUUUAAAAUGGACUUAGGAUGUAAUACGAAGGCUACUGGUGCCGUUUACUUCCAUAGAUUUUAUAUGUUUCACUCAUUUAGACAAUUUCCUCGGUACGUAACCGCUUGCUGUUGUUUAUUUCUCGCUGGUAAGGUUGAAGAAACACCAAAGAAAUGUAGAGAUAUUAUCAAUACCGCUCGUGGUUUAUUAAGCGAUGCUAAAUUUAGUACUUUCGGUGAAGACCCUAAGGAAGAGGUCAUGACUUUGGAAAGAAUUUUGCUGCAAACAAUUAAAUUUGACUUACAAGUGGAACAUCCUUACCGUUACUUACUCAGGUAUGCAAAAUGUUUAAUAGGUGAUGAAUCAAAACUGGAAAAAAUGGUGCAAAUGGCGUGGACGUUUGUUAACGAUAGUUUGUGUACAACACUGUCACUGCAAUGGGAACCAGAAAUAAUCGCAGUGGCACUUUUGUAUCUUGCCGGAAAACUAAGUCAGUUUGAGGUCGUAGAUUGGGUUGGUCGUACUAAUAAGCAUUUGCGAUGGUGGGACAUGUUUGUGGAAGACGUUACUUUGGACUUACUAGAAGAUAUUUGUCACCAGGUGCUCGACCUUUAUUCACAACCUGUUGCCGAGGCACCUCCUGAUAGUCCACCGCUUUCACCAAAACCACCUUUACCGGCUCCAUCUUCGAGCAAAACAAACGGUCAAGAAAAAGAAAAGACUGAAACUCCAAAAGUGAAACCACCACCCAUCACCACUACCACCGCUACUACACCAACGGUUGCACCAGUAGUUCCUGAAAUUCCGGCCUACAGCUACCCGCCAGCAUUCCCAGCCGCCGCAUCACAUGCCGGAUCUUACCUACCCCAAUAUACAAAUCCCACAGUUGCACCUCCACAUAUCGCAGCUCCACCUCCCGGACCACCCCCACCCCACAUAUCCGCUGCACAGGCCGUUUUAUAUCCGCCAUAUGUGGGCCCGCCGCCCCAUUAUGCCCCUGUUGUACCACCUGCAUCGUUUUAUCAGCCUGCCCCAGCUGCUCCUCCUCACCGACCUUUUUACCCUCCACCAAGUUAACCUAUGGGUUUUUUCUAUUUCGAUCAUGUUCUCAUAUGAGUGAGUGAGUAUUAUACGAAUAGGUAGAAAUUAUAUUUGUGGUAAUUCAUUUUUUUUAACAAUCGAAAUACAAGAUUCAUUGGUUCACAAGAACGGUGUUUGCUUGUUUUGGAAAAGCGAAUUUUGACUGAUAUUCAGUAUAUUUCCUUCUGCUCUGACUGUGAAUGUAAACUUGUUUCAAAACAAAUAUUAAAUAAUUGAUAUUGUAA